AUGUGCGGAAAGCGAAGCAGUCUCGCGGACGUUCGGUGCGGUUUACAGCUGCAUCUGUGGAACCUGUACAUAACCUGCUACAUCGGCNNNNAUGACGAUGACUGCACUCGGGCAGCUCAUACUGUGGCCCACAUUGGCAGUCUACAUAGCUCAGCGGUUGCCCAGAUCUAA